UAUUUCUACUUAGCUAAACGUUUCCUAGCGGACAGUUUUUGUGGACGGACACGUUCAUGUUUACACGUGAGGUUCGUGCUGGAGUUCAGUUUUGCUAAUUUACCGUUUAAACUCUACUGCUGCUAUUCGAAUAAAUAAAAUUAAAAGUUUAAAAUGGGAAAGUUAAGAAAAAAGCACAACUGGAAAGGAAGGCAACAAAGUGAAACACAUCCAUCAGCUGAACAGGAUAAAGCUAAUGUCGUAGUGGAACUACAAGAUGGAGCCCAGUUGAAAGGCGUUGAUGAGAGCAACGCUUUGGUUCUUCCAGCUACAAAAUCCAAGAAGAAGAAGCAGGACCUUCGCCUCUCAUCUGUUUCCACCAAAAAGCCGCUGACAAAGAAGCAGAAGAAAGAGCUGCAGAAGGUUCUGGAGCGCAAGGAGAAGAAAGCUCAGAGAGCAGAGAUCCUGAGUAAACUGGCUGAAGUUCAGCUUCCUGAGUCUGAGCUCAAACUGCUGUAUACAACAUCCAAACUGGGAACAGGAGACAAACUUUACCUAAAUAAGCAGUCACUGGAGGAAGUAAAAGAUGGAGACUCUGGUCCGAAGAUCAGCAGCCUCAGUGGUGCAAACAGGAAGAGGAAAUGGAAAGAAGAGGAAGAAGAGCAAAAGAAAGACGAAAGCAGUGAGGAGGACACAUCUUCUGAGGAGGAUGAAGUGAAAAACGCUACAGAGACGAGUGAAGCUAAAGAAAGUGAUCGUCCUCCUGAAGAUUUGGCGAUCAAACAGGAAAUAAAGUCAGAUCAAAAAGUCCCUGCAGAACAGAAACGGGCGGUUUCUGGGGAGACCAAAGCCAAAACGCCUUCAGAGCCAGCUGUCUUCAUCCCUGUCGACAGGACUCCAGAAGUACAGGAGGCUCGUUUGAAGCUUCCUGUGUUAGCGGAGGAACAGGUCAUUAUGGAGGCAGUGAGAGAAAACCCCUGCGUCGUCAUCUGUGGAGAGACGGGGAGCGGAAAGACCACACAGGUGCCUCAGUUCCUCUAUGAAGCUGGUUAUGCCAGCGGCGGCGGGAUCAUUGGCAUCACUGAGCCGAGAAGAGUGGCAGCUGUCAGCAUGUCUCACAGAGUGGCCAAAGAGAUGAACCUGCCCACACAGGUCGUUUCAUACCAGAUUCGAUAUGAGGGUAAUGCAACCGGUGACACAAAGAUCAAGUUCAUGACCGACGGCGUCCUGCUGAAGGAGAUUCAGAAGGAUUUUCUGCUUCAGAGAUACAGCGUUAUAAUUAUAGAUGAAGCCCAUGAAAGAAGCGUCUACACGGACAUCCUCAUUGGAUUGUUGUCCCGGAUCGUCCCGCUCAGACAUAAAAAAGGCAUGCCCAUGAAGCUGCUGAUCAUGUCAGCUACAUUACGAGUCGAGGACUUCACAGAAAACCAGAAGCUUUUCCGAAUUCCCCCGCCUGUCAUAAAAGUGGACGCUCGGCAGUUUCCUGUCACGAUCCACUUCAACAAACGAACUCCGCUGGAGGAUUACACCGGAGAAGCCUUUCAGAAGAUCUGCAAAAUCCACCGGAUGCUGCCUCCAGGUGGGAUCCUGGCGUUUCUGACUGGUCAGGCUGAGGUUCACAGUCUCUGCAGAAGACUCAGGAGAGCCUUUCCCUUUAGAAGAAGCAACACAGCUGCAGCAGAAGAUGAGGAAAUGGAAAGCUCUGAGGCGAUGAGGAAGUUUAAGAAAGCUAAACAAAAGAAGACUGUCUCUCUUCCUCGGAUCGACUUGGACAACUACUCUGCCCUGCCGGUGGACGAGGGGGACGAAGACAGAGAGGCGGGGAUCGGAUACGAGGAGGACGGAGGCUCGGACCUCGACCUCGGAGACGAUCCUGCUGACAACGAGGAGAAGGCUGACCCAUCCAUCCCUCUCUAUGUCCUCCCUCUUUACUCUCUGUUGGCUCCUGAGCAGCAGGCUAAGGUGUUCCGACCUCCUCCUCCCGGGACUCGACUUUGUGUUGUCGCCACCAACGUGGCCGAGACGUCUUUAACCAUUCCUGGCAUCAAAUAUGUGGUGGACUGCGGCCGAGUUAAGAAACGUUUUUACGACAGAGUGACGGGUGUGUCGUCCUUUAAAGUCACAUGGACCGCUCAGGCCUCAGCUAACCAGAGGGCAGGCAGAGCGGGGCGAACUGAGCCGGGACACUGCUACAGGUUGUACUCAUCUGCAGUGUUUGGAGACUUCAGUCCGUUCUCAGAGGCAGAGAUCACUCGCAGGCCUGUUGAGGACCUGGUUUUGCAGAUGAAGGACCUCAACAUAGACAAGGUGAUUAAUUUUCCCUUUCCCACGCCCCCGUCUACCGAGGCUCUUGUUGCUGCAGAAGAGCUGCUGGUCUCACUGGGAGCUCUUCAGGAGCCGCCGCACAUUGGAAGGAUGAAAGAGCUGCAGCGGUCCAAGCUGAACUGUCCCAUCACUCCUCUGGGCAGAGCAAUGGCGUCCUUUCCUGUGGCUCCACGUUACGGGAAAAUGUUAGCUCUCGGGAAGCAGCAGGACUGCCUGCCAUACGUCGUCGCCGUGGUGGCAGCCAUGACCGUUCGGGAGAUUUUUCAGAACCUUGACAGACCUGCAGGUAGCGAAGAUGAAAGCUCAAAGCUAAAUCAGCGUCGAGCCCGGCUGACCCAGAUGAGAAGGCUUUGGGCGGGUCAGGGAGCUUCGCUCCACCUGGGUGAUCUCAUGGUCAUGUUGGGUGCUGUUGGUGCUUGUGAGUUCGCCGGCUGCACCCCCAAGUUCUGCGAGGACAACGGACUGAGGUAUAAAGCCAUGGUGGAGAUCCGGAAGCUCCGAGGUCAACUCACCAAUGCAGUGAACUCGGUGUGUCCAGAGGUGGGAGUAUUUGUUGAUCCGAAGAUGACCCCACCGACAGAACAUCAGGUGGUUUGUUUGAGGCAGAUUGUUCUGGCUGGACUUGGUGAUCAUCUGGCUAGACGACUUCAAGUAGAAGAUAUGCUGGACCCUAAGUGGAAGAAUGGAUACAAGACCCCUCUUAUGGACGAUCCGGUGUUCAUUCAUCCUAAUUCUGCGCUGUUCAAAACACUGCCAGAGUUUGUGGUCUACCAGGAGAUCAUGGAGACAUCAAAAAUGUACAUGAGAGGUGUUUCAGCAGUGGAAGCUGAGUGGGUCCCACAGUUCCUGCCUCAGUACUGUCACUUUGGUCCUCCUCUGGAGACGCCAGCCCCGUGGUUCUGUUCCUCCACCGGCACCAUCCGAUGUCACAGAUCAAGCACCUUCUUCCGGGUGGGUUGGCAGCUCCCUGCCGUGGAGAUGGAGUACCCAGAAGGCCUGGAGCGCUUCAGGCUGUUUGCCAGGUUUCUUCUUGAGGGACAGGUUUGUCCGAAACUAAAGAAACACACCAGCCACCUUCUCUCAAACCCCUCCGUCAUGAUGAAAACAUGGGCUAAGCUACAACCCAGGACAGAGGCCAUACUGGGACCACUGGUGUCGAUGAAAGUGGACUGCAGGGACGCACUCCUGUCUGUUUGGAAAACUCAAGAAAAAUUUUUGUUGUCUGCAUAUUGCCAGUGGUUACCUGAGGCAAUGCACCAGGAUGUCACCAAAGUCUGGCCCCCUGUAUGAAGGCUUGAAUCAGGACAUUAAACUUCUGACCAGAGAUGUGGAGCGUCACAUCUGCAGAGCUCACUUCACUCUAGAAAGAACAUUCUUGGGUUCUACUUUUUGUAAAUGUUUUAUCGAAGUGUAACUACAGUACCACAACAACUACUCGCUUUAGUUUUGUUUUAUACGUUGAUUUAGUCACCUGUAAAAUCAUUUUAUUGCAGAAAUAUUUCAACUAGUACUCCAAAAUGACUAUGUGCUGCUUUUAUUCAUUUGUAUCCAACAUUGGUCUUCAUAAGACUUCAUAAAACUUUAGAUCUGGGCUGGUGUGGGACUGAUUUUUCCUAUCAGACUGGUAUCACCACAUCAUAAAUGCACAGUUACAAUGACAAUGAAAAAAAAAAAAAAACAUUUUAAUUAAAAAUAAAAUAGAAAUGGGAUAUGAUAAAUUUUGCACUUAUUUCUACAUAGACUGACAUAAAAAAUCUAAAGUACUCAGUGAAUCAGGAAAGGCAGUCAUAUGAUUUCAUGGUGUAUGUUGUACAUUUCAAAAGCUCACAAUUGCAUAUAUUCCUUUCUAAGAUCUCUGUUAUUUACCCUGAUGAUGUGCCAUCCCAUCAACUUUCAAGCUUAAUUCUGACUGUUGGCUGCCGAUUCUUCCAUAGUCAGUGUUUGGAGUUUGUCAAAAUUUGUGGAUUUUUAUUGGUCGCAGUUUGUCAAAGUUUUGAUGUUUUGUUGUCUAAGUCACUUAGUUCUGACUUUAGCGGUAUGGCAUGAUGCUCCCAUCAUGUUGGAAAAGGCACAUCACUAAACAUGUUAGAUUGUUGGUAGGAGUUCCUCUUG